AUGAUGUCCACAUUCGAAACCAGCAGCACUGCCCAACUCGUGCUCGCAUGGACGAGCUCAUCAUGGACCAGAAAAUGCCUGGACGCAUACAGCACAACAACAGCCGAAGCGCUGCACUCCGAAUUUACAAGUUCAUCGAGUUACAGCGAUUAUCAGCUGAAGUGUGCAAUACUCGAAAUUCAAAUGUUACUGCACAUCGCUGUGCAACAACGUCAAACUAUCACAAUCGAAGACAAUCGGUGA